GAUGAAGGUGCUCCCUGCCUCCGGCCUCGCUCUCCUCCUCACGGCUUUGAACUUCUCCACUGCUGCUCCCUCCCUAUUUGCAGCCACCCCCAGGACCUCCAGGAACAACUACCACCUCGCCCAGGCAUACCUUGACAAGUAUUACACCAAGAAAGGAGGGCCCCAGCUUGGUGACAUGGUUGCUCGAGGAAGCAAUUCCAUGGUGAAGAAGAUUAAGGAGCUGCAAGCCUUCUUUGGCCUCCAAGUCACGGGGAAGCUAGACCGGUCCACAAUGGAGGUGAUCAAGAGGCCUCGCUGCGGGGUUCCGGACGUGGCCAACUACCGCCUCUUCCCAGGUGAACCCAAAUGGAAAAAAAAUACUUUGACAUACAGAGUAUCCAAAUACACAUCUUCCAUGACUUCCACUGAUGUAGACAAGGCAGUAGAGAUGGCCUUGCAGGCCUGGAGUAGCGCCGUUCCUCUGAACUUUGUGAGAAUAAAUUCAGGAGAAGCGGAUAUCAUGAUAUCUUUUGAAACAGGAGAUCAUGGGGAUUCCUACCCAUUCGAUGGGCCUCGCGGGACGCUAGCCCAUGCUUUUGCACCUGGAGAAGGCCUGGGAGGAGAUACACAUUUCGACAAUGCCGAGAAGUGGACUAUGGGAAUGAAUGGUUUCAAUUUAUUCACCGUUGCUGCUCAUGAGUUUGGUCAUGCACUGGGCCUGGCCCAUUCCACAGACCCUUCGGCACUGAUGUACCCAACUUAUAAGUACCAGCAUCCCUAUGGAUUUCACCUUCCCAAAGAUGACGUGAAAGGGAUCCAGGCAUUGUACGGACCUCGGAAAACAUUCCCAGGAAAGCCCACUGUGCCAAAUGCCCCCCCUCAUAAUCCAUCCAACCCUGACCUCUGUGACUUCAGCUCAUCGUUUGAUGCGGUGACAAUGCUGGGCAAGGAGCUCCUAUUCUUCAAGGACAGGAUUUUCUGGCGUCGGCAGGUCCACUUGAUGGCAGGGAUCAGGCCCAGCACCAUCACCAGCUCCUUCCCCCAGCUUAUGUCCAACGUGGAUGCGGCUUACGAAGUGGCUGAGAGGGGCACCGCGUACUUCUUUAAAGGCCCCCACUACUGGAUAACAAGAGGAUUCCAAAUACAAGGUCCUCCUCGGACUAUUUAUGACUUUGGGUUUCCAAGGUAUGUGCAGCGAAUAGAUGCUGCCGUCUAUCUCAAGGAUGCGCAGAAGACCCUUUUCUUUGUGGGAGAUGAAUACUACAGCUAUGAUGAACGAAAAAGGAAAAUGGAAAAAGAUUAUCCAAAGAACACUGAAGAGGAAUUUUCAGGAGUUAAUGGACAAAUAGAUGCUGCUGUGGAAUUAAAUGGCAACAUUUACUUCUUUUCGGGACCCAAAGCAUACAAGUAUGACAUAGAGAAAGAAGAUGUGGUUAGUGUGCUGAAGUCUAGUUCCUGGGUUGGUUGCUAAUAGGAAGGUUAGUCUUUCCUAAGACAUGGAGAAGAUGGCAAGCAGCUGGUAACUGGUCUGAGGACUAAAGUGGAAGUUAGGGUAGAGGUUCUUCCCAUGGCCUUCGAUUCUAAGGGCAACUUAGAGCUCAUUGAAAAUCAUUAUGCUUCCAAAUUUUUUUCAUAGUUGUGGAUUCAUAAUUUUAAUCCAAAUGAGAAAUUCCUAUGUGGCCA